AAUACAGCAACAAAUAUUCAAGGUAUCCCAGCAAGUUGAUUUCGCUUAGUUUGUUCCUGCGGACAAUUUGGCUUUUUUUGAUAAAAAAUAGUUGAGAUUGUAAAUCGUGAUUUAAAUAUACUAAAUGAAAAAGGGUGCAAUUGUAAACCAUUCUUAAGUUAAGUAAGUGUGACAGCUCGUCUAGGCCGGCGAAUUUUGAAGUGAAGCAAGCUCUUGUUAUUGACCUUUAUUUGACAUUUAUAAAUAAGAGCGGUAGCAGAAUAUUUUGCAGAAAAGCUAGUUUGUCAGCCGUUUUCGACCGACCAUAAAUUCGUAGAGGUGCAUACGGAAAGUUGGACGCAGUCGACUUCCAACUAUCUGCAAGAUGAAUCGGCGAUUUUCUCGAGUAGAGUCCGGUGGUGACUUAAAAGAUUUCUUUGAUCGCGGGGACAUUGCUUCUCGAGAAAAUCGAUGGAAUUUUGAAAUAGCAUGGGAGGUGGCUAACAAGGUUGGAGGCAUCUACACAGUCAUUCGUUCUAAAGCAUAUGUUUCAACAGAAGAGAUGGGUGAGCAGCUGUGUCUCAUGGGCCCUUAUAAAGAGCAUUGUGCACGCACAGAAAUGGAGGAGAUAGAAUUUCCACGCGGUAAUCCACUUCUAGAGGCGGUGAAUACAAUGAGAACGCGCGGUUAUAAAAUACAUACAGGACGUUGGUUAGUCGAUGGUAACCCUCAACUCAUACUGUUUGAUAUCGGCUCAGGUGCAUGGAAAUUGGAUCAAUUCAAAUCAGAGUUAUGGGAAAAAUGCCAUGUUGGUGUGCCACAUUUAGAUGUUGAAACAAACGAUGCGAUUAUAUUAGGCUUUAUGAUUGCUGAAUUUCUUGAGGAGUUUCGAAAUCGUGCUUUAGAUUAUUCUAGUAACCAUGAACUGCAAACCCCUAGAAUAGUCGCUCAUUUUCACGAAUGGCAAGCUGGUGUAGGCUUGAUCGCGCUACGGACACGACAUGUAGAAAUUGCUACAGUUUUCACAACGCAUGCUACACUUUUGGGCCGUUAUCUGUGUGCUGGUAACACAGAUUUCUAUAAUAAUUUGGACAAGUUUGCUGUAGAUGAAGAAGCGGGAAAACGACAAAUUUACCACCGAUAUUGUAUUGAAAGAGCUGCCACUCAUUUAUCUCAUGUGUUCACAACAGUAUCUGAAAUUACCGGAUAUGAAGCAGAACAUUUACUCAAGCGAAAACCUGAUAUCAUAACGCCAAAUGGUCUCAAUGUGAAAAAAUUUUCCGCCAUACACGAAUUCCAAAACUUGCAUGCAGUUGCUAAAGAAAAAAUCAACGAAUUCGUUCGAGGACAUUUUUAUGGACAUAUGGAUUUUGAUUUAGAUAAGACGCUUUAUUUUUUUAUUGCCGGACGAUAUGAAUUUGGAAAUAAAGGUGCUGAUAUAUUUAUAGAAUCGUUAGCUCGACUCAAUGCAAUGUUAAAACAUGAGAAGCCUGAUACAACUGUUGUCGCGUUCCUUAUAUUUCCCACCAAAGUAAAUAAUUUUAAUGUAGACUCCCUACGGGGACACGCAGUUAUUAAACAAUUGCGCGACACCAUUAACAACGUACAAAAUUCUAUUGGGAAACGUAUGUUUGAUUCUUGCGUAAAAGGACAUAUACCAAGCUCAGAUGAACUUCUUACAAAAGAUGAUUUGGUUAAAAUUAAGCGAUGCAUGUUUGCUAUGCAGAGAGAUUCAAUGCCUCCAGUUACUACACAUAAUAUAAUUGAUGACUGGAAUGACCCUGUUUUGAGUUCUAUUCGUCGGUGCAAUUUAUUCAACUCGGUGCAUGAUAGAGUGAAAAUGGUGUUCCAUCCAGAGUUUUUAACGUCUACAAAUCCGCUUUUUGGUAUUGAUUAUGAAGAAUUUGUACGUGGCUGCCAUUUAGGAGUAUUUCCGUCGUACUAUGAACCUUGGGGAUACACUCCAGCGGAGUGCACAGUUAUGGGGAUACCAAGCAUAACUACAAAUUUGUCUGGCUUUGGUUGUUUUAUGAAUGAGCAUAUUUGCGACCCAAAGUCUUAUGGUAUAUAUAUUGUUGACCGUCGAUACAUUGGUUUAGAAAACAGUGUUCAACAACUUUCCGGAUUUAUGAUGGAGUUUGCAAGAUUAAAUCGACGACAACGCAUAAUUCAGAGAAAUCGUACGGAACGUCUCAGCGAUCUUUUAGAUUGGAGAACCUUAGGAAUUUAUUACCGCCAAGCUAGAGUUAAGGCACUACAAGCAGUUUACCCUGAUUAUGUUGAUGAUGGAUCUCUCUACAGUUCACGGAGUACAUUGAACUUUUCUAGGCCCUUCAGUGAACCACCAAGCCCUACAUCCUCCAGACACACAACCCCUGCUCCAUCAGUGCAUGGCUCUGACGAUGAAGAUUCCGUAGAUGAUGAAAAAGAAUUAAAGGAAUUGGGAAUUAAGUAAAAACAUUUUCAAUUGUAGAUUCUAUUCUACAUAUGUGGCUAAUUCAUAUUAACAAAUUUAAAAUUUUUUUAAAUGCAGUUGAUAUUAAUUGUUGUGUAUAAAAUAGAGAUUUUAAAUUAUAUUAUAGUUUUAAGUUAUUUCAUUGAAAUAAUACUUAACAAUUCGUGAAACCUCAUUAGCCACAAGAGCAUAUGCCCAUGUUUGAAGAGUAAUUAUGUUCAAACUGUAUUUGUUGCCCUGAUGUGGCUUUAUAAAUUCUGACAACUUAGGGCAAGAAAUACAAAUAUUAUCGUUCUAAAAUGCAUAUUUCUUUCAAUAGUUGAUUUUCAAGAAGUAAUAAUUUUUUCGCGUUUUUUGAAAGUUUAUUUUUUUACAUUUAUAUUUUGGUAGGACGUACAGACAAAUCUUAAACUGAUUUAAAUAACGUUAUGUUAAAUAGGACGAAUACGAAUCACGAAUAUUGGGAAACAUAUGUCGCUUUUAGUAGGUCUGUUAUUAAACAGUUAUAUAUUCUGACAACAUCUUGUUUAUGUCGAAUACGUGAUGCAUAAAAUUGUGUUAAAAAGAGUUUAAAA